AUGAUCGUCGACGCGAUGUGGCGGAGGAACGUUCUGUGCUUUCUGUGGAUCACCACGAUCCUGAGGAUACAGGGUUUCGUUGCUGGUGAUGCUGACCCGGCGAUCCUCUCAGGGACUGAUUUAGCUCAUUUUCAACAGAUAAAUGAAAGAUGUAGUACUGAACGAGUGUAUGUCGGACCGAUGAAUAAUGAAAACCAAUUAAUAGAAAUUCCAGAUAAAAUAAUUUAUUUCGAGUGGAAGGAAACGAUAGAACUUUUCCAUUUAUACGAACCACGUAGAGAAUCAAGCAAUCCAACUGGAGUUUAUUAA